CGCCCCCCCCGCCCAGCACCGAAGCCGCCGAAAUGCAAUUUCCCGUGCAGGCGCCUCGACUCAGGGGGCUUUUCCGGGCUGGUUUGGAAGGCAGAGGGGCAACGCGGCGGCGGCCCAAACCGAGGUCCUGGAGCAGACAGUUCCUGCUUGCUGACUUACUGAGUCAAUAGGUCCCUCCUUCCCUCCUCUCUCCUUACCCACCCUAUCGGGGUUUUCUGUCCCCCCCUUCCCCAGUCUUGGCCCCCUGGAGAAGUUGCCAAGGGUUUGGGGGAACAUUCAACCUGUCGGUGAGUUUGGGCAGCUCAGGCAAACCAUCGACCGUUGAGUGGACCCCGAGGCCUGGAACUGCCAUCCAUCCAUCAUGACCCCUACCUUCCAGAUCUGGGGGGCCAGGGUAGCUCUUAGAGCCACUCUGAGCACACUUCCUUUAGGCCACAGCGAAGGUCACAAUCAACAUUCAUUGUUGUCGGUGGGUUGUGAGGACGGAGGCCAGACCCACCGAGGGAUGAAUGUCACUGUGGCUGGGCCGGACACAACCUGAGGGGAAUGGGCUAGGGGACAAGACCCACUCAUACAGUGCCCUGACCUCAGCCUCUCACCCCUUGGAGAGAGCUGGCAUCUGGGAUCCUGAUGUCAGGCCUGACUUGGGGACCAAAUCCUUGGGUGUGUGUGGGUGGGGCGAGUUUGGGGGGCAGAUCACAGGCUCAGGGCUGGGCACCUGGAAAAUCUUUCUGAGGGGGUGGUGCGCUCUGUUCCCAGAGGGUUCAGUAAAGGUUUCUUGAAUGAGUGAAUGAACGAAUGAAUGAAUGGGGUGGGCAGGCAGCAUAACCCCUCUUCUCCAUGUCCAACUCCAGGGCCCAGCUUUCUCCCUCUCCUUGCCCAGCACCCACAGACCCCUGCUUUACCCUCGACUGCCUGCCCACUUAGCACCCUGGUGCCCGCUGAUCCUUCCAUCUGCCAGUCUCUGCCCCACCUGGUAACUCCUGGAGGUCUUAUUUAAGGGGAUGAGGAUUGAGGCACUGGUGAGUGCUAGGGGCCCCCCCCAUUAGCCCACCUGUGUCUCUGCUCCCCCUAUAAUGUUUUGUCUCACCUCCUGUCCACCCUAGGGCCAGCACCUAACCUUGGGGGCGACAGUAACUAGAUGGGGGAGGCAGGCUUUUGUGUUUGUGUUUGUGAGUAAGUAUGGGCAGGUGGCCUUACACCUCAGUGAGUUCAUCCAUUAAAUGGGGGUUCCACUGAGAUAAUGGGUGUGAAAGCUCCCUGAGGGAGACCUGAGCUAGGGGCCUCAAUCCUUGUCCCUCCCCCUCCCAUGAGCCAGGCACCAUCCCCCUUCCCCCGGCAACUGGAGCAUCAGUAGCUCCCCUCUUCCGCAAAGAGCCCAGGGGCACCUGGCUCCUCCCCCCAGCCCAAGGGAAGGAAGACAGAAGUUACUAAGUUACUGACUACAUCAAUGCCUGUCUUUGGGGUGGGGCUUCCACACCCCCCCCAUCACCCUGUGGGGCAGGAGUGGCAGGCCUCACAGGCCUCCUCCAAGGAGGGGUAGGCAGGUGUAGCCCUCCCAGUGCCCUCUGGGGGGUGUGUCUCCCAAUUGCGGGGGGGCCCCCUGCAGCCUGUGUCCUGUCACCCCCCAUUGCCCCCCCCGCCCACCCAGAGACCAGGCAUCCCCUGGCAGGUGCAUUUAUGGGGGAGCAGCAGCAAGCCCCCCUGCGACAGUAAGGAUCCUCCCACAGCCUGCUCCUCCCCCUUCUCACCCCCUUGGAGGUAUAAGGAGGGAACUGACAGCCCAGACUCCUAGGCUCCAGAGAGGGGAAGGGAGGGGCAGAGAGGAAGGGGUAGAAAGAGACCUUUGGGCACGCAGGGUUUAUUCUCUCUCUGCCCCUCUGCCUGGCACACAUUGCCCAGCUAUGGGAACCUUCGACCUAUGGACAGAUUACCUGGGUUUGGCACGCCUGGUGGGGGCUCUGCGCGGGGAAGAGGAGCCCGAAACCAGGCUGGACCCCCAGCCACAGCCAGCUCCAGGACCAGGGGCUCAGAGGCCCAGCCCGGAAUCACCAGCUCCUGAACGCCUGUGCUCUUUCUGCAAACACAACGGCGAGUCCCGGGCCAUCUACCAGUCCCACGUGCUCAAGGAUGAAGCGGGCCGAGUGCUGUGUCCCAUCCUGCGUGACUACGUGUGCCCCCAGUGUGGUGCCACGCGCGACCGUGCCCACACACGCCGUUUCUGCCCGCUCACUGGCCAGGGCUACACCUCUGUCUACAGCUACACCACCCGCAACUCAGCUGGCAAGAAGGUGUCCCGGCCUGACAAGGCAAGGACGCAGGACUCAGGGCAUCGCCGAGCAGGAGCAGCCUGUGCAGGUUCCAAAGGUGCUGGGAAGUCUUCUGGACCUUCACCCUCUUCCUGCUGCCCCUCCACUUCUGCCUAAGAGACUGGUGCAGGGAGGAUGGAGAUGCUGCCUUCCCCUGGGUGUGGGGACCCACGCUCGAUGGAGGAUGUAUUUUCUGGGAAGAUGGGACCUGCCCCUCAGCCCUUGCCCCAGCCUGGAGGCCUGGUAAGAGCAGGGCCUGAGAGCACAGCUGAAAGAGCCCCCAUGAGGAAGGAGGUGGCCCUCAGGCACCCUGGCCCUCCUUCCCCAGCACUGGGCACCCAGUCAGCGCUCAAUAAAUGCUUAC